AUGAGCACCAAGUUCCCUUCCUCAACUAUUCUCUCCCUCCUUCUCAACAUUCUCUUCUUUGCCAUAGUAAGUGGACAAGCUUCGAAACUCGAUUCUACUUCAGCAACAAUGCCUACUACUUUCAUAGACAAUAACGCUUCUCAAUUGACUCCUGGUUCUGCUCCACCGGCUUCCAUGGGUAGUAAUUCUUCUCCACUGAUGCCUGUCUUUGGUUCGCCGCCUCCAUUAAUGGCUCCAAAUUGCACCUGCUCCAUAAAGACUAAAAGACUAGCCAUCUGUUCUCUUCCUCUUUAUAGUGUGCCUUCGCGGUCUGCAAAACUUGCUUGUUGCAUCCAAUUGCGUUUCCUUAGGAAAGCUAAAGCUCGUUCCUGCAUUUGCAAGGCCAUUAAAGAUAAGAUCUUAUGGCCUGUUGUCCCAUCGCAAGCGGACCUAUUGUUGCUUACUUGUGGCCUGAAGGCUACUCAUAACCUUCAUUAG